AUGAGCAUCUUUAUUUUACUUUAAAUAUUGGUCUCCUCUUAAUAUAUUUCUAUAGGAGAUUAAUGCAAAUGUUAAGAUCUAUCGACUGAAUUAGAUUGCAAUUUAAGAGGAAUGUGUCGAUGGAAUUCUAUCUAAAUGAGCUGUUUGGAAUCAAAUCAAUAUUAAUCUACUAUAGUUUCAACAAGUCCUCUAAAAUAAAUAGAGGCAAAAUCAAGUUCAAUAUAUUGUGAUCAUUUUAGUCAAAUAGAAUGUCCAAAUUAAAAUGGAUGUGCAUGGUUUGAAAAUAAAUGUGUAAUGUUCACAGGAUGCACUUCUUAUGUUAAAAAUAGAGAUGAAGAUUGUAGAAAGAUUUCAAAGAAUUGCUUUUCAGAUGGUAUAAGAUGUGUUGAAUUGGAUGAUUGUAGUUCAUAUACAUACUAAAAAUCUUGUGAUAUAAGUAAGAACGGUAAGUAUUGUGUGUGGAAUACUUAAAAUAGAAGAUGUGAAUAAGCUAAGGAAUGUAGUGAUCUUCCUAAAACAUUAAUUAGUGACUUAGAGUGUAGAACCUAACUAUAAUUUUGUAUUUAUAUUAGACUUAUUUAAAUAGGUACAACAAAGAUAGGAGGAGGAUGUGUAGAAUCAGGCCGUUGUUCUGAUGCAGAUAGUGUUGUAUCUUGUGUUAGUGAUAGAUAAUAAAGUAUUGAUUGCUUUUGGGCUGAAGGGAAGUGUAGAGAUAAAACAUGUGAAAAUGCCUUAAUAACUUUAAAGACCGAUUAAUAAUGUAAGGAAUUCUUGUCACAUUGUACAACAAAGGCUAAUGGAGGUUGCACAUAGAGAUUAAGUUGUCAUGAUGCUUAGAUAGAAGAUGCUUGUAUUAAGGAUUCUAAUGGAAAUGAUUGUUUUUGGACUGGAGAUUAAUGUAAAGAGAAAUUAUGUGAGAAUGCUCCUCCUUCUUAUAUUACAAAUCAAUAAUGUUCAUAAAUAUCAAGCAAUUGUAUCACAAAUGGAUAAGGAUGUACUACCAAUCAUGGAUGUACAUCAGCUUUGAAAGAAGAGUUUUGUGAAAAGGAUUCAGAAGGAAAACCAUGUAUUUGGAAUGGAGUCUUUUGUACAGAGAAGAAAUGUGAAGAUUAAAAUUUAUAAGGGGAUGAGUAAUGCUCAGCUUUUAUGAGUACAUGUAUUGGAAAACCUGAAAAUUAGAUAGGAUGUAUAACAAAAACAUGUGAAACAGCUACAAAUGAUUUAAUUACUAAUGAAUCUUGUGAAAAUUACUUACCUAAUUCAAAUUGUAUUGCUAAAAAAUCAGGAGGUUGUAAAAUAAAUACUAGAUGUAGUGCAAUAGAUUUUGAAGGUGCAUGUAUUAAAGAUUCUUAAGGAAAUAAAUGUUAUUGGAAUGAAAUUGAUUAGAAAUGCUUAAUUAUUACUACUUGUUCUUAGAUUAAUAAUUAAUCAUAAUGUAUUGCAGAUUAAUUUGGAAAACCUUGUUAAUGGGUUGAUUAAUUUAUUAAUAAUAUCAAAGAACAAUGUGUAAAUAAAUCAUGUUCAUCUGCUCCUCUUUAUCUAAAAUCAGAAAAAGAGUGUAAUGAAUAUUAUAAAUCAGAUGAUGCAUAAUGUACUUUAAAAAAAGGAGGAGGUUGUAGAUAAAAAAGUACAUGUCAAGAUGUUGAUAUGAUUGAUGCUUGUACAACAGAUAAAGAUGGAAAUGUAUGUCUUUGGGAUCAAAGUACAUCUAAAUGCAGAAAACAAACUUGUUCAGAUUUUACAGAAUUAACAUAUUUUGGUUGUUCUACAAAAAGAGCAGAUUGCACUAUAGAUUUGAGUGGAAAAUGUAUAGAAUAAUAAGAAUGUUCAUCAUAUUAAAAUAAAAUAUCUUGUGUAAAAGGAAUUGAUGGAAUAUGUUUAUGGAUAGAAGACUUUAAAGAUGGUAAAGGUGCUUGUUUUUAAUUUGAUUCUUGUCAAAGUCUUAAAUGGAAGACUGAUGCUGAAUGUAAAUUAGCAUCUAUUAAUUGUACAACUGAUGGAUAAUAAUGUGUACCUAUAACUGAAUGUAGAAGUACAAAUGUAAAUGGUGGAUGUGUUACAGGAACAGAUGGAGAAUGCAUCUAAUCUGUAUCUUCAUUACAUUCUACUGAAUCUAAAACAUGCUCUAAAUUCUUUAAUUGUAGCUCUGCCUAUUAUCUAACACAUGAAGAAUGUUAAUAAGCUCAUUCAUUUUGUACAACUAAUGGUGAAACUGGAUGUAGAGAUUUAACAUCUUGUGAGUAUUAUAAUGUUAAAGAUUCUUGUCAUAUUAAUAAUAAAGGUAUACAAUAUGAUGAAAAGGGUUCUAUAAUAUCUAAUGGUAAAUGUACAUGGGAUGAAUCAAAUUAAAAUUGUAGAGAAUAAAUAUGUUCUGAUCUUAUUUUCUAAACUGAUGAAGAAUGUUCAUAAAUACUAACAAAUUGUACAUCAGAUGGAUAAAAAUGUAUUGAGAAAUAAAGUUGUUAAAUGUAUAUUGAUGAAAAUACAUGUAAUUCAAGAAAUGGAAUUGAUGGACCUUGUUUUUGGAAUGAAGGAAUUUGUCGUUUAAAAUAAUGUCAAGAAAUUGAAUAAGGCAAUAAUUAAAAUAUAUGCAGUUAAAUUAAGGAUUGUAUUUCUGAUGGAGAAAAGUGUGUUCUCAAAGAUAAAUGCUCUAAAUACAAUACUUAAGUAGCAUGUAAUAUUUCAGGAAUUGAUGGUAUUUGUGUUUGGAAUUAAAAUUCAAAGACAUGUUCAGUUAUGAAUUCUUGUAAUGAAGCAAAUAAUGAUGAAAAUGCAUGUAAUUUAGCAAAUGAUAGAUGUUUUUGGGAUUCUUCAUCAACUGAAUAAUCUUUUUGUAAAGAACAUACAUGUAUGUCUUAUUUCCUUUAGAUAGGACAAUGUUAAUAUUUUAAAACUUGGAAUAAUGAUAAAUAUCACAUUUGUAAAAUGGUUCAAGGUAAAUGUUCUUAAAUUGAUGCAAAUACUUUGACUGCUGAAGAAUGUUAUACUUAUUCAUUUUAUACUUAUUCUUGGAGUCCUCUUAGUAACAGAUGUAUGUAGUGUUCUAGAAAAAUAGAGAAUGGAUCCAAUAAUGGUAAUUCCACAAAUUCAAAUAAAACAAUAUAUUAAUAUAUAUUAGGAACCAUAACAGGAUUCUUUGCUUUUGCAGCAGUUUUAUGA